AUUUCUGCAGUGGAGGCGAGGAGGGGUGGAUGGGAGGCAACAUGCCCUGGAGCAGGGGUGUCAAACUGGCGGCCCUCCAGCUGUUGUGACACUACAAGUCCCAUCAUGCCUCUGCCUUUGGGGGUCAUGCUUGUAACUGUCAGUCUUGCAAUGCCUCAUGGGACUUGUAGUUUGGCAACAGCUGGAGGGCUGCCAGUUUGACACCCAUGCCCUAGAGGCACAGGUGUCAAACUGGCGGCCCUCCAACUGUUGCCAAAAUACAAGUCCCAUGAGGCAUUGCAAGAUUGACACUUACAAGCAUGACUCCCAAAGGCUGAGGCAUGAUGGGACUUGUAGUUUUGCAACAGCUGGAGGGCUGUCAGUUUGACACCCCUGCCUUAG